UGUCCGAUGUUCGCUGCUAUUUGAUUUAUUCAUUACAACAAUUGGUAUAUAUACAAAUGUAAUGUAAUGUAAUAAUAGAAUAGAAUAGAAUAGAAUAAAAUAGAAUAGAAAAGAAUAGAGUAGGAGAAUAGAAUAUGGGCCUUUACAGGCGUUACAUAUUAAUGACAUUGUACAAGAUGAACAGAACUAAAAACAUAACAUAGCUAAAGCUUAAUUAUGAUUAGCAAACACAAUUAACCAAUAAGAAAGUAGAACAAUACAAAUUGAGUAAAAAAAGAUAAUGUAAAUACAUCCGCUAUAUACUUUCAUACAAUAGUUAAAAUGGAUUGUCAAGCAUCACUGCCUAUACAUUCAAAACAGAUUGUGUUUGAAAAUAGAUAAUAUGACGUUAAUACGUAUUAAAAUUCUCAUUUGUACUUUACAAGUCGAUAGGUAUAAUUGAAUGUCGUACUUCCUUGUUGAUUUUUUUGUUCCCAGUUUUAAUGUGAAAUAUUCUAGAUGGCAUGUACAAUUAUAACUCUUCUUCCUCUUUAAGAAGGCCCCGACUGUAAUUGUUUAAAUAUUGUGGGAAAAAAGCAACAACAUGGAUUUAAUAUAUUUCUUCGCAAUAAUAUUUAUUGUCUGGUCGACUGUAGGUGCUAUAAACUAUGAAUGUAAUGAAGUGGAUACAAGAACACUACAAUGUAAUUAUAUUCCAAAGGAUAUUCCAAAUGGAUUCACGCGUGUUAGAAUCAUAGGUUUUUUUGGGAAAAACGAAACAUUUGAAUUCAAUAGUUCAUACUUUAUGUCAAAAAACUGGGAAGAUGUAACUGAACUUCAGUUACAGGGAAGUGAUCAUGAACCACUUUCAGAAAUCAUUUUCAUGGAGAAGUGUUUCAUCGGAUUGAAAUCACUUCGAGAGUUACAUAUGAAUCUUCAAACACAGAUUCAGCUAGAUUCAGAUCUUUUUGUAGGACUUGACAAUCUAAAAUUCUUAGAUUUAAGUGAAUGCGUUCAUGUAAAUCUGACAGAACUUGUAAAAAGUUUUACAGGGUCAAAUAAACUUCCAAGCUUGGAAACUUUGAAGGCAUCAAAUUUAAAUAUCUACAAUGGAGGAAUCAGUUUUGACACAAAAUUUGCCGAGGCACUUGGUGAUAAACAAAUAACAUCUCUAGAAUUCAGUUAUACAAAAAUCACAGAAAUAAACACAGCCGCUAGUUUACAAUACAUACAAACAUUGAAAAAUGUGAAUAUAUCUCAUAGUACAGCAUCAAACUUUAUAUAUGGUAACAAAAGUGAAGUUCAAAGGUUAAAGAAUAUCAAUAUGUUUGAUAUGUGUCAUGUACCAGUAUCUUGGUUAAUUCCAACCACAAGAUUUGUCAACAUGACAUGGAAAUAUUCCGAAUUUCCUAAAUCGUGGAAUUAUUUUUUUUAUCCUAAAAUAGUCAACAUGACUUCCCGUAUAAAUGAUCCAGGAUCAAUUCAUAUUGAAAACUCCACAUACAUAGCUGAUGUACCAUUUCACGUGAAAAUUGAAGAAUUUAUAAUAAAGAAUAAUAAUGUUAAACAUUUAGAUGUCAAGACCGAAUGCCCCAGAAAUAAAGUUAAUACAAUAAAGCACAUAAAUGCAGCUGGAAACCAAAUGGAAUUUCUUCAUCCUAGUAUAUUAGGAUGUGCCCCUAACCUUGAAAAACUUGACUUGUCAAACAACAAGUUACAUAAAAUGGCAAAAGAAAACCAUUUGUUGUUUCAGCAACUGUUCCAAUCACUUUCUUGUCUAAUUUCUAUUAACUUAUCAUUUAAUCGACUUCAAGUUAUACCGGAAAAUCUUUUCACUGAAAAUCGUGGCCUUGAACUGAUAGACUGUUCUCAUAAUGAACUGGAGCAAGUGACAUUCACAUUAAAACAUCUGUACAAACUGAAGGUUCUUAAUCUUCAAUUUAACAGGAUAAAAAUCUUAAACACUCUUUCGAUCAAUAACCUUAACAGUAUAUUCAACACACUAGGAAACACAACAUGGACUUUGGAUCUUGGGAAUAACCCUAUAUCAUGUUCAAACUGUGAGGCAAAACAAUUUAUCUACUGGUUAACACAUACAAACUCUGUGAGUAUUUCCGCACCAAAUCUUGCUUGUACUACCUUAAAGAAUACAAGACGGAAAAUAGAUAAACAUACAUUGAAUGAUGUCAACAACAUUUGUAAACGGAGGGUCAUGAUUAUAUCAACCACUUUAUCUGUGGGAUUUACUAUUAUUAUUGUUUUAGUAGUCAUAUUGGUUGUAUUCAAACGCCGUGAACGAGCUACUUACAGAAAGAAAAGAGGAGAAUUAGUAAACAGGCUACAAGAAGGUCAAGGUCAAAGCGAAUUUGUUGCAUUUCUUUCAUACAGCAGUGAGGACAAAGAUUUUGUAGAUAACUCUUUGAUUGAUGAUUUCAAUGAAACUCUCCAACAAAUGACCGGUAUAGACAGAAACUUGAUAUGUACAGGUGAUCUAUAUCUGAGACCAGGUUUCGGGAUUUUGGACGAAAUAUCACUGUGUAUAGAAAGAGCUUCGGCCUUCAUUGUGGUUGUGUCAGAUAAUUACAACUCAAGUCCUUAUUGUCACAAUGAAUUAGAUAUGGCUUAUCGACUUCAAAAACCAAUCGUACUUUUCAUAAAAGGAAUGGUUGACGAGUCAUUAAUGACACCAGUGAUGAAAUCUCUCUUCAAAAGUAACGUCAGAGUACUUUGGGCUUUUGAAAACCAAGAUUACACAAUGAUGACUUCGUGGCAGAAUGUCUGUUCGUCUUUGUUGGAUUUGAUAGUAUAAAAUGAAAACAUUUGAUACAAUAAGAGUGAUCAGAAAGGAAGUUUAUGAUAAUUACAAUAUCAUUCUGAUAUAUUGAACGCUAACUUUUUAUUUGAGAGAUGAUAUGUCUAGGGAAGCGUUAUGUCAUAAAGCAAGCCAAUGGGAAAUGUCAUAAAUGUAAGUCCAUGUGUUCUUACAAAUAAUGUAACAUUGGCUGGGUCGAUGGAAUAUUUUACAAACAAUUUAAAAGUCAUGUGUUAUAUCUAUAUAAGUAAUAAUUAUAUCUACUAACAAUUAAAACAUUUAAGCUCAGUUCAUACAUUAUUUAACAGUGUACAUGUAUCAGUUAACAACCUGUCUGACUUUAUGUUGUCGUGUUUAUAAGUAAUAACUAAGAUAUAUCUUAUAUCGUAAAUAAUAGACUAAAGUCUAAUCUAACAAAUCUAGCUUUAGAAACGUUAUCGAGUUUGCAAAGAAUGAGACAAUAUCUUAUCGUGUUUAUAAAAUAAUAUGGUUUAAGUUAUAUCUGUAACACGGUUAAUAAAAGACUUUUAUAGUCUAAUCUAGCCAAUUUAACAAUAGGAACGUUAUCAAGUUUGUAAAGAAUGUGGCAAUUUUUCUAUCAUAAUCAAAAUUUAUCUCUACAAAAUGACGCUAGUUGUGUUAGCUGUCAGCUUUUAUAACGGUUCACAUUUUUGUCCGAUGUUCACUACCAUUUGAAUUAUUCAUUACAAUAAUUGGUAUAUAUUAUAGAUUAUAAAGAUUUUUGACAGAUUAUAUGGCCCUAUAUAAACGGCUAUUUGUAAAUAUAAUCCGAGCCGCUAGGUUAAGGUUUAUAUACGGUUAUAUAACCUUUCAGCAAUCUUUAUAACGAAUUUAUAACACAGCAAUCAUUAUAUUUUAGAGAAAAAAGUAUGAUUACUUUAUGAAUCGACAAGAACUAUAUAAACGUCACGAUUAUCCAAUGAAAAGCGACGUUGGAAACGUACUAUACAGUAUUAUAAAAAAAACCUGUAUAAUACUGCACGUUUGUAACGUCGCUUUUCAGUGGUUUAUCGUGACGUUUACAUUAUUAGUUAUUAAGAUUUUGACAGGUUAUAUGGCCCUAUAUAAACGCUAGGCGAGGGUUAUAUUACAAGCAACCGUUAAUAUACGAUCAUAUAACCUAUUAGAAUUAUUUAUAACGAAUUUGUAAUACAGCAAGUAUCAUUUUUAGAGUAAUAAAGCGAGAGUAUAUAAAACUAUAUCAACGUCACGAUUAUCCAAUGAAAGGCGACGUUACAAGCGUGCAGUAUUAUAAGGUUUCAUAUAAAUAACAUCACGAUAAUCCAAUCCCAAUUGACGUUACAAACGUUCAGUAUUAUAAAAUUUUAUUAACAUGUCAGUAUGUAAACGCCUGUUUGUUUUUGUUUUGCAGUUUUUACGG